AUGGAGAAGUUCGAUAGAGAGGUCGUCAUGGCGCUUUGCGAGACAAAGGGAAAGGAGAUAGGUGUGUGUUGGUUCGAGUGCGGGACCAAUAAUAUAUCGCUCUCACAAUAUUUGGACACUAACACUUAUGUGCAAACCCUCAUAUUGGUUAAUAUCAAGUCGCCGUCACAGAUCAUUGUUUCGAAAACACAAGAAAAGUCGGAACUGACACAGCUGCUUCUUAAGGAGAAUAAAAAAGUAACAUUCUUUCCGCGAAGCGCGUUCAAUGAAAACGACGGCGUGACUCUCUCAGAAACAUUAUUUAUGAGUGGGUCUUCAAAUAUAAUCAGAAAAAACUUGGAGUCACACUAUUUAUGUGCGGCUGCGUUCAACGCACUUGUCCAGAAAAUGGAGAAAACAGCUUUCGUCAUACAGCCCGGGGUAAUUAACGGAAAAUUCGUCCCAUUAACAAACAAGGUGACAAUCGACGUACAGACAGCACAACAGUUGGAACUAAUAACAAACAACAUUGACGAAAAAACGAACGGGUCUUUGUUUGAGGUGAUGAAUUCGACCAUUACUAAUGUGGGGAGGAAAGAGUUGAUUGACAACCUUUUGCAACCGCCCAGUGAUGUUGAGACAAUCAGAGAUCGGCAAAAUACCAUCGAGUACUUUUUGAGAAAUUCAGAGGAUUACUACAAGUGUUUGGAACAUUUGAAACAAUUGCCAGACCUCGAUAAAAUCAUCACUGCAAUUAUUCAAUUGACAAAAACGGAUGGUCUCAAACAGUCAACUCUCCAGUCCAUACUCAAAAACUUCUUCAACUUGUACAAGCUCCUUGCUUAUAUUCCACAGUUCAAAGACUCAAUUGCAGGUCUGAAGAACGCGCCACUUAUUUUCGGGGCAAUGAAAAUCGUUUUGGAGGAUGUUGCAUUUGGUGAGAUGAAGGAGUCUUUGGAUGCACUUAUUAAUGAGAGUGCCGCAUUUUCCAAGCAAUCUCGGAAUAACAUUUGUUUUUUGGUCAAACAAAACAUCAGUCCGUAUCUUGAUGUGUCGAGGCAAAUACUUGCCGAAACCUUACAAGAGGUCGACGACAUCGCUCAGAAAGCAGCACAAUCCGGCCUUUCCAUUAAAACCACCAAAAACGGGUUUUUGUUUGUUUUUAAUGGAGAACAGGAGAAAAUCCCCGAGAACUGCUGCCGCGUUGUAAAACUGUCCAAUACCAAGUACUCAGUGAAUACGCCGGAGCUCCUUUCGCUCUCAAACAAGUUCAGGUCAACCAAAGAAGAGAUAGUACAAUUAUCAAUCAACGUAUUAGCGAGGAACGCCGAGGCAUUCAAGAAGAAUAUACCUUCACUCAACAAGUUAAGUGAGGUGGUUGGGCUUCUCGAUAUGCUCAUAUGUUUUGUGACGUACGCUUCAUCUCACGACCUGAUGUGUAGACCAAUUUUUAACAACAACCGCUCGAUUAUUAUCAAACAAGGAAAGCAUCCUGUAUUAGCGACCACGCUGCCAAAAUUUGUACCAAACGACACAUUCAUCGACGACACCUCAAGGUUUUGUUUGAUCAACGGGCCAAAUAUGGGAGGUAAGUCAACAUACAUAAGACAAGUAGCUCUACUGGAAAUAAUGGCGCAUAUGGGCAGUUUUGUGCCUGCUGAAGCCGUUACUCUUCGUCCUUUGUCCAAAAUUAUGUCUAGACUUUCAAUCGACGACAGUGUGGAAACAAACCAAUCUUCGUUUAUGAAGGAAAUGAAGGAAAUCAACGAAAUACUUCAUGAGACAAACGACAGUUCUUUGAUUUUGGUUGACGAAUUAGGGAGAGGGACGAGCGUGCUGGAUGGUGUGUCUGUUGCAUGGGCAGUGAGUGAGGAAAUACUGAACAAAUCUCUAGCGACUUGUUUGUUUGUUUCCCACUUUCCAGAGAUGAACAAACUUGAAAAGUUAUACCCACAAGUUGUAAGAGAAUACCACAUGGAGUUUUCUCU